AAGUGUAUGUACCCUUCUGACUUCAACUGUAAACACUGGCCUGAUGCCCUCCUAGUAGAAACAGUCUCUUGUGACACAUCCUAGAAAACAUCAUGGUCCAACCACUUCGACAUACAUGUACCAUGAAAACAUUAUGAAAGUCUCUUCCCGUAAUCAUCAUGGGGCAACUUGAGCAAUAGGAUUCAAGUAUUGCAGCGGUCAAAAGCAGGGCGCAAGUAGUGGAUGGGAAAAGUGUUUACAUCAGUGAGAUUAAGUCUGACCUUUGACAUGUGGAAAAUUACAGGGGGGAAAUAUAUAUAAUGUAUAUAUUUAAAAAACAACAUUGUGGUGACCUUAUGCAAGUGUGGAUUAGCCUAUAUCUAUUUAGCAAUUAACGCGUUGAUUGGGUGGCAUCCAUCUAUGAAUAAUCACGUUCUGAAGCAUUUCACAAUUGGUGUGUUUUCUUUUGGCCAGUGACGAAACACCCCCUCAGUGUCAAUAAUCUCUUGCUUCUCGUGUCUGUGUUGGUCGCUUUGGGUGUGGUGUCAUGUGAGUAACCUUCUGAGUGUAGGGCUUCCUUCCUCAUCGCUUCUAUAGAGUGGAACACAUCUGCACUACCAGCCCACAUAGGGGGUGGCUGUCCACACACCGCAUCACUACCAACAGCAUCGCUGCACCAGUGGGUUGUGAGACAGCAGAGCUCCAGUGGAGAGACUGUUUUAGCCUGAGUCUGAGCCCACAUCAGGAGUUCUACACUCACCCAAGUCCUGCCUUGUCCAACCCGACCCAGCCAUUUUCUGACUUGCCAAGCCCUUCACUACCCAGCCAUGGAUGCCCUGUCCUCCCUGAGCUCCUCAACCUCCUGCUCUCAUCUGUACCUCUGGGCCAGCAACACCACCAACAGCAGCGCUAUUAACAUUGAUGUGAUCCUGGAGCACUACAACCACACAGGGCGCCUGCAGCAUCGCGUGCCCCGCCAGGGUGGCCUGAGCUCAGCAGCGGUCCUCUCCCUCUUCAUCAGCGUCCUCAUCAUCCUGGAGAACCUGCUGGUCCUAGUGGCCGUGCUCUCCCGGAUCCUCCACAGCCGCCGCUGGGUCUACGUGUGCAUCGCCAAUAUCACCCUGAGCGACCUGCUGGCCGGGGCGGCCUACGUGGUCAACAUCUGGAUGUCGGGCAGCCAGACGUUCAGACUGAGCCCGGCUCUGUGGCUGUUCAGGGAGGGGGUACUGUUCGUGGCCCUCGCCGCCUCCAUCUUCAGCCUGCUGCUGAUAGCUGUGGAGCGCUACACCACCAUGAUGAAGCCGCUGCACCAGAAGUCGGCCAGGAAGACGUAUCGUAUCUACGGCCUGGUGGCGCUGUGCUGGAUCGUGGCCUUCGCCAUCGGCUUCCUCCCCCUGCUGGGCUGGAACUGCGUGUGCAGCCUGGAGAGCUGCUCUACCCUGCUGCCACUCUACUCCAAGAGCUACAUCCUCUUCUCCCUGCUCAUCUUCUCCCUCAUACUGCUGGCUAUCGGCGUGCUCUAUGGCGCCAUCUAUAGCCACGUGCGCAGCAGCUCCAAGUUGGGCUCCCAGCGCAGCCGCAAGCGCUCCCUGGGGCUGCUGAAGACAGUCAUCUCCAUCGUGGGUGUGUUCAUCAUAUGCUGGGGGCCUCUGUUCAUCCUGCUGCUGGUGGACUUCUUCUGUGUGUCGCGGCAGUGCGCACCGCUCUUCAGCGCCGACUGGGUCAUCGCCCUGGCCGUGAUAAACUCGGCCCUGAACCCGGUCAUCUACACCCUGGGCAGCACAGAGCUGAGGAAGGCCAUUGCCGGCUUGUUGUGCUGCUGCUGCCUCAGGGCAGGCCUCUGUCACCCUGACACCUUUGUGUCCAAGGAGACCAGCAGCACCGGGAGCAUCAGGCACAGCAGCCUGAGGAACAGUUUCAAUAAGAUCAGGAGUCUCACUGUCAGUCCCCCGCCUGCACCCAAUGCCCCCAAGAAGAGCCGCCGCCUGAGCUCCACCACCACCUGCCUGUCUGUGUCAAGCGGUUAGACCACAACGGGCUGCCUGGGGCAGGCGUAGUUGUGUGUGUCUUUGAGAGACAUAGAGAGAGAGAGAGAGAGAGAGUCAGUGGAGGCUCCUCAGAGGAGGAAGGGGGGGGGGACCUUCCUACUCAGGGAGUUUCAUAAAAGUAAAAAUAUUAAAAAUACAAAUAUCAAUUAUUAAUUUGUAGUAAACUGCAAUUAAAGCCAGACUAAGUCAAAAAAAUAUGACUAAAUCUAAUCAAACUUUAAAUGCAAUUUAAAUCAAGUUUGAUUUGAUUUAGUCCUAUUUUUUUAAAUGCUAUUUAAGUAAAGUUUAAUUUGAUUUAGUCUUACUCUUUAACUUAGAUUUUUGGUUGAGAAGGAGACAUGAAUCCAACAUAUUAAUGACUAAUGACAGUUUGUGCCCAGUGGGUCAAGGUAGGUAUAGGGCAAAUUCUAGUAUCAUGUAGUAGCCUAAACCUAUCGAUGUUACAUUGAGCUGGAUGAAUGGAAUAGUCAUCCAAUAUGCUGAAAUAGAAAUAAGGCCAAGCUCAUAAGAAAAAUAUUGUCCUCCCAAAUCUGAAAGGGCACUAACUGCCGCUGGUGUGUGUGCAUGUGUGUGUGUGUGUGUGUGUGUGUGUGUGUGUUACCACAGAGAAUGCAGUUCCUCCAUUAUCUAGCUCCACCCAAAUGUGGCCUUGAUACAACCAGGUCUAACGGUUUUCUCUGUUGUUGGUUUUGUUCAUUGUCUUCAUUGUCAUCAGCCCAGGACCUGGUACACUGACGAAAGAGCAUCUUUGUGGUUCUCUGUUUCUGUAGAGCAACACCAAUCUGUUUCAUUUUAUGCAUUCCAAAAAAGUUUUUUUUUUUUAUUAAAAAAGGAGUUCAAACUCGUUCAAGAUUUAUCAUAAAAGAUGCACCAUGGAAGCUGCUUUUGUUUCACUGUUUCAGCCUUGAAACAGAUACUCUUUUACUGUGAAGAUGGUUUUCAUUGAAAUGGGUGCUUUUUUAUUGCACCACUUAAAUAUAACUGAAUUAAAAACAACAACAAAAAAUAUGUAGAUAUAUUUAGAAAAUGCAAUAUUAUUUAUACAUACACUGAGUGGACAAGACAUUAAGGACACCUGCUCUUUCCAUGACAAAAACUGACCAGGUGAAUCCAAGUGAAAGCUAUGAUCCCUUAUUGAUGUCACUUGUUAAAUCCACUUCAAUCGGUGUAGAUGAAGGGGAGGAGACGGGUUAAAGAAGGAUUUUUAAGCAACUCAAUAUUUGGAAGAUGUCCCUAAUGUUUUGUACACUCAGCGUACAUUGUACAGAAUGGUAGUUGAAUACAUUUUUUUCAAUUGGUUAAACAUUUAUAUAAUGUUGUUUUUAAGAGUAUACAUUUGUUGAACGCUUUACUAUUGCUGUUAUUCUGAAAGAGGAUUAUAUUUCUGUUAUUUUGUACAUUGACAAUGUGUAAAUAAAUAUUUUAACAAAAUAUG